GAAAAUAUGGCGUAUUCCAGACCUUUAAACACAGACUUUGAUCCAAACUGGUCGGAGUCCGCAGAAUGCCUUACAUUAGACUUCGGACCCUUCGAGGCUGUUGAUCGAUGGAGGAAAAUGCCGGAGUGCGACGAGUUUGUCGGUCCCAGACGAUCCAAACACACCAUGGUCGCGUACAAGGACGCCGUCUACGUGUUUGGCGGAGAUAAGGGAAAGUCGAUGCUGAACGAUCUUCUGAGGUUCGACGUGAAAGAGAAGUCCUGGGGUCGGGCAGUACAGAAUGGGCUACCGCCUGCACCUAGAUAUCACCACUCGGCGGUUGUUCACGGAGCCAGUAUGUAUGUAUUCGGCGGUUUCUCCGGAGAUAUUCAUUCAAACUCCAACCUGACAAAUAGAAAUGAUUUGUGGGAGUAUAAGUUCUCGAUGGGACAGUGGCAGUUAGUCCCACAGUUUGGAAAGAAACCAGUUCCUCGAUCCGCUCAUGGUGCUGCUGUAUAUGAGGGCAAGCUCUGGAUCUUUGCAGGAUAUGAUGGCAAUGCAAGGUUGAAUGAUAUGUGGACUAUAUCCCUAAUAGGAUCCGAGGUUAAAUGUUGGGAGGAGGUUCUUCAGGUAGGAGAAUGUCCCCCAACCUGCUGUAACUUCCCUGUAGCAGUUGCCCGGGACUCCAUGUUCGUCUUUUCCGGGCAGAGUGGGCAGAGGAAGAAUAAUAUUCUGUUCCAAUUUAACUUCAAAUCUCAUACCUGGACUAGGAUCACCACAGAGCACAUAUUGCGUGGGUGUCCGCCCCCACCGACAUGGCGGUACGGGCAUAUUAUGGCGGCAUAUGAUCGUCAUCUCUACGUAUUUGGCGGUGCGGCGGAUAACAAUCUUUCAAACGAUGUGCAUUGCUUUGAUUUGGAUACUCAAGCUUGGUUUAUUAUUCCGCCUUCUCAUGAUUCACAGCUGCCGAGUGGUCGCCUCUUUCACGCCGCGGCGGUUGUAGGAGCUGCUAUGUAUGUAUUUGGCGGAACUGUAGACAACAAUAUCCGGUCUGGAGAGAUGUACCGAUUCCAGUUGGCGGCGUAUCCUAAAUGCACUUUAUAUGACGACUUCGGUAGACUUCUUCAGUCAGGACAGUUCACAGAUAUCAACUUCCUUGUUGGUGAGAAGGAGGUGUGUGUCCCAGCACAUAUCGCCAUGGUUGCGGCUCGUUCUGGCUGGCUCCGGAGUAGGAUAAAGGAAGCUCGGCAGGCGAGGACCAGGCAUAUUGAUAAACUCUUCCGGGAGACAGAGGGGCGGCCUCCAGAGCAAGAUUGUCCUGUUCUAGAGGUUAAAAUGCUAGAAGCUGAACCUCAAGCUUUUAGUAUGGUUCUGGAUUUUAUCUACACGGACCAGAUAGAUCCGACUCGAGGCCAGAGAGAGAAACAUGCCUCCAACGAGGUUGUCCUGAGUAUGAUGCAAGUUUACAUGUUGGCAGUUCAGUUCCACAUGAAACGUCUUGAAACCUUAUGCAUUGUAUACCUGGAGAAUUCAAUUAAUCAUAGAAAUGUGUUGGACGCGCUGAAACAUGCAUCCUCGCUUAAUCUGUUCUUUAUUAAAGAAUUCUGUCUGCGAUAUAUCAUUAAAGAAUCCAGUUAUAACAAGAUUGUUAUGUCUAAAGAGUUCGAAACCCUUGAACAACCAUUGAUGGUCGAAAUCAUUCGUCGGAAACAGACUCCGCAGUUGAGAUCUCUGCAGGAAGGAACCAACUAUGACCAGGGUCCAGGUCUUAUUGAAGAUUUGAAAGAGUUCCUUCUUCACUCUGGAGGAGAGUUUGCUGACAUAGAUCUUAUCCUGGAUGGAACACCUAUACCCAGUCACAAAGCUAUCCUUGCUGCCCGGUCAUCCUACUUCGAGGGUAUGCUUAGAUCCUUCUCCCCAGCAGACAACAGGGUUCCCAUCUCUAUUGGAGAAAUGGUCCCGAGUAGACAGAGUUUUGAUUCUCUCCUUCGAUACAUAUAUUACGGAGAUGUAGAGAUGCCUCCUGAGGAUUCUCUGUAUUUGUUCUCUGCUCCUCAUUUCUACAUUUUCUCUAAUAACAGGUUGCAAGUGUACUGUAAGACCAACCUGGAGAGAAAUGUAACCGUUGAGAACGUUCUUCAGAUAUUAGAAGCAGCGGACAGGAGCCAGGCGGCAGAUAUGAAGAAAUAUGCUCUCAACCUCAUAGUUAGAUACUUCUCUAAGGUGUCACAGCAGCCGAGAUUGCGCCAAUUAUCUAGGGAGCUUCUUCUUGACAUUCUCUUCUCAUUGGCCGACGAUUCUCAUGACAGUAAAAUCAUUCAGGAUAUGUCUUGUAUUAGUCUAAACUCUGAUACAUAAUUGUAUUAGUCCAAACUCGGAUACAUAAUUGUAUUGUUCUAAACUCAGAUACAUAAUUGUAUUAGUAUAAACUCAGAUACAUAAUUGUAUUAGUCUAAACUCAGAUACAUAAUUGUAUUAGUCUAAACUCUGAUACAUAAUUGUAUUAGUCUAAACUCAGAUACAUAAUUGUAUUAGUCUAAACUCUGAUACAUAAUUGUAUUAGUCUAAACUCGGAUAAUUUACACGGAGAUCGAUAAAUUAGGCCUUACAGAACUUUCUUUAUAAUAUUUAAUUCACCAUAGGUUUAAACAAUUUUCUAUUCACAUUUAGAAAAUUAUAGUCAUUCGCACAUACAUUCUCUUCCACAAUGCACAAUUUUAAAUAACUAGAAAAAACGAGUUUCUGUUCUUAGAAUUUAAAGAUUACGUCCUGUUUAUAAAAUAGGCUUUAUCAUUGCAAAAUACUUCAAUCCUUUUCUUUGUUUAGAAAGGCCGUACCGUACUGUACCACUCUGUGACAAAGAACAAUCUAUUUCGCAAGGUCUUUUGCAAUCUGCGCUCAGGCUUAACUUGGCACACCUUAUUUACGUAUAUAAGAUAAGUCUUUCAUUAAAAAGUCAUAAAAAGACGCACAUUAUAAUUAGGUGACGACUUAAAGACCGUCUUUUGUUUUCGUUAACUUUAUUAAAUUGGCAAAGUGUGUACUGUGUAUCUUGAAAAACUUGCAGGUUUUAGUUUUCUAGAAUUUGAAUCUUAAGAAAAUUUAAACGAUGAUUGAUUUUAAAACAUUUAUAGUUUUAUUUUAUAUAAAAUUUAUAUAAAAAUCAGCUAAUUUUGAAUACCCAAAAAAAGGCUGACUACAUUUUUGAAAUACAGGAAGCUGGACUAGGGGUAUUUUAAAGUUCUUGUUUCAGCAGUAGUACUGAUUAGGUGUUAAAUUAUGUUUACAUAUACGCCGAAAUACAUCUCAAAAUAAGACGACAUUUAAUUACCUCACUUGAAGAUAUUUUCAUGUUUAGUUGGACACCUUGUUUUUAAAGUGAUUUCUCGAUCUCUUGUUAUUCUCGAACUCAAACAUUACCCAGUUCCACUUUCCCUUUUUAAUGUUGAUGCUGAACCCUAAAAGAUAUUUUCCCA